UGGAACUCGUUUGCGAUUGGUCGGUUAGCUCAGAGCACUUUGCACUCUGACCCCCGUAGAGCUCCACACGCCUGGGUCGGAUUUGUAUCCACGUGAUUUCCACAACUGCUUCCCGACACAUUAUUACAAACUACAGAACUUUUUUUUGCUCGGAUUAACUAUUUAUUAUACAGUUCGGUUAUCAAAAACCCGACACGGCGAAAAAAAAAAAAGAUGUCUGGGAAAUCCGAGCUGAAAAUCAACCAGAAGUUCGCAGAGAGAUACGAGAAAUACAGACAGAAAGAAGAGCUGCAAAGAUUGAAGGAUCGCUAUGGAGACUGCGAGGAUGAAGAGGAGGAGGAGGAGUCGUCCCCGGAUUCCGAUGAUGAUGAAGAAAGUGAAGUGGAGAUUGAUCCUAAACUGGAGAGAGAUUUCUACAGGACUCUGUCUCUGCUAAAGAAGAAGGACCCCAAGAUAUAUCAGACAGACACGCAGUUCUACAGUAAAGAAGAUCGCCCCUCGACCAGUGAAGGAGAGCAGGGAACGCAGCAGAGGAAAGACAAGCCGAUGUUUCUGAAAGAUUAUGAGCGCAAGGUUAUUCUAGAGAGGGGAGGAAAAUACGCAGACGAGGAAGAGGAGAGCGGUGACGAAGAGGCAGCGAAGAGGAGAGAGAGAGCCGCCCUACCCAGUUACAUCCAGGAGCAGAAAGCCAUUAAAGAAAGUUUCCGGAAGUUUGUCGAAGACAGCGAGGAGGACGAUGAGAAGGAUGAAGGAUUCCAGCUUCUCACACGGAGAACGAAAACGCAAGAGGAGAAGGACAGAGAAGAGGAGGACUAUCUGAACUGGCUGAAAGGGCAGAAAGACUUGGAGGGGAAAGAGGACCUGCAAGACCUGAGAUACCUGCAUGAUUACUGGAACGACCCAAGCCUGGACGAUGGGGAGAAGUUCCUGCGGGACUACAUGCUCAAUAAGGGCUACCUGGAGGGGAGUGAAGAGGAGCACAGGAUCCCCACGUACGAUGAGAUCGUUCAGGAGGAGGUGGAGGACUCUUCGGACGAGGGGGAGUCGUUCCUGAACCAGCAGGAGGACUUCGAGAGACGUUACAACUUCCGCUUUGAAGAGCCGGACGCAGAGCUGAUCAAGACGUACCCCCGAACGAUCGCCACUUCCGUGAGAACGAAAGACGAACGGAGGAAAAGAAAGAGGGAGGAGAUUAAAGAGAGGAAAAAAAAGGAGAAGGCACAGAAGCAUGAAGAGCUGAAACAGCUGAAGAAUCUGAAACGGCGCGCCGUGCUGGAGAAGCUGCAGACACUGCGAGAGCUGACGGGCAACGAGACCGUGGGCUUCAGAGAGGGGGACCUGGAGGGGGACUUCGACCCCCAGCAACACGACCAGCUCAUGCAGAAAUUCUUCGGGGAUGAAUAUUACGGAGCAGGAGAGGAAGAGAAACCCCAGUUUGAUGAAGAGGAGGGGCUCGACGAGGACUGGAACUGGGAUAACUGGACCGGGAAUGAGGAAGCGGAGGUGGGAGAGGGGGAAGGAGAAGGGGGGACCUACGCCCCAAACUGUGAAGAUCCCGACUUCAUCAUGGACGCAGACUACGACCCCAGCCAGCAGCGCAGCUCCUCCAAGAAGAACAAGAGGAAGAAGCAGCAGGAAGCUCCCGAGACGGGAAAGCGGCGUCGGAAAUCCCGCUUCGCGGAGCUGGUGAGCCGGGAGAAGCCCGCCUUCGACCCCAAGGACAGGACGUUUGAGCAGUACCUGGAGGAGUAUUACCAGCUGGACUACGAGGACAUCAUUGAUGACCAGCCGUGCCGCUUCAGAUACAGGACCGUGGUGGCCAACGACUUCGGCCUCACCACAGAAGAGGUCUUGGCUGCAGAUGAGAAAGAGCUGAAUCGUUGGUGCUCUCUGAAGAAAACAUGUAUGUUCAGGUCGGAGAGGGAGGAGCUGAGCGAUCUCAAGUCCUACAGGAUCAAAGCUCAGGAUGUGGAAAAGAAGAAGCAGAUCCUGAAGUCUCUCACCGUGGAAGAGGAAGAAGCGCUGCGUCGACAGCAGGAAGGGAAGACCAAGGUGGGGAAGAAGAGGAGGGAACGUCUGAAGAAACAGGGAGAGGGAGAGGGGGAGGGGGAGGGGGAGGGAGAGGCGGACGCGGGACCCAGUCCGAAGGCAGCUGCGAAACCACUAGAGCCCAGGACUGAACCACCGGAGAGCGAGGAGGAGCUGCUGGUUCCCAAGAAGAAGAAGAAGAAGAAGGUGGAGCCGAGGGGAGGAGAGAAGGAGAAGAAAGCGGGCGGAGCCAGUCGAGGGAAACCGAAGAGGCCAACGAAACGCAGGGCGAGCGGGGGUCGACACCGGCUCUUGUUAAAGGUCGGGGGUCGUGAGUUCAGCAGUCAGAGGCUACAAGCUUACGGGCUGAACCCCAAGAGACUGCUGUUCAAACAGCUGCACCAGCAGAGGCAGGGCAAGAAGCCUGGCAAGGAACAGGGCAAGAAGCAGGGCAAGGAACAGGGCAAGAAGCAGGGCAAGGAGCAGGGUGCGGAGUGAAGGGAGGGGGAGCCCUUCCUGCUUCCUACCCCCCUACCCCCCGAAAGACGUUUCCAACCACCUUUAAGUCAGUUCCAGUGGUGGUUUUAAUACACCGGCAUCCUUUUCUCUGUUGGUCCAGGGGGAGUUUUUAGGAAUCUGUGGUCUAGAAUUCACUCCUUUUUACACCUUCAGGAUUUGUUUUUCAUUGUGGAUUUUUUUUUUUUUUUUU